UUAAAUUCUGUCUGAGUUGAUUUAAGUUCGUAGAUACACAACAAACAUUUCAGAGGUGCUCUUAGAAAAAUGGAUUCAAAAAUGAGCCAAAUUAGCCAAGCCAAACAGUCGGUCGUGAGUGGCGAAGAGCACCUCCGUUAUGUGGACCUGCCAGUUUAUCCGAAGCCCCUUCCUGAACAAGAUCUUAGCUACAAGCGGGAUGAAAACAAGUUCACAAUGGUGGAAAAGGCAGCUCUGCGCAAUGCCUGGCGUCUGGUUGAGCCCUUUCAGCGACGGAUUGGCAAGGAGAACUUCUACAACUUCCUUACUAUGCACGAGGACCUCAUCAACUUCUUUAGGCGAGAUGGAAAAAUUAAUUUGAGUAAGUUGCAUGGACAUGCCAUGGCUAUGAUGAAGCUCAUGCUAAAGCUGGUCCAAACUUUGGAUGACAAUUUAGCCUUUCGCCUGGCUUUGGAUGAAAAUCUGCCUUCUCAUCUGAAGAAUGGCAUUGAUGCAAAGUACAUGAAGCUGCUGGCCAAUUCCCUCAAGAGAUACAUCCUAGAGUCUGAUGUCAUCGAAAAAAACUCGUGCUCACUAACAAACGGCCUCACCCGCUUGGUGUACAUCGUCGGGACCUACGCCCAAGCGGAUGUGGCCAGGAAACGAGCCAUGUCGGUUGCCCUCAGGACCACUCUUCUUAAUACCUAAGUGAACUUUCCAGCGAAAGUAUAGGUCAAUUAUCUAAAUAUGAAAUACGAAUUUAUGAAGAAGCAUGCUAAUAGCAAACAGAAAACUAAAUUGUGAAUUUUUGAGUCUACUAACGUUUCUUAGUUAGUAAGAAAUAAAUGAGAAGAUUAAAUCAGAA